AUGUUGACGUGCAACCUCGGCGGCUGGCUGGAGGGCGUCCCUAGCCGCGUGACCACCGUGAGCUUCGACCCGCGCGUCAUGGCCACGAGGAGCGUCUACGACGAGGCUCUGCAGAAGCCGAUGAAGGUGGUGCUGCACCCCCCUGAGGAGGAGAUCCCGUGGCCUGCGCGCCUGGUGCAGAUGCCGAGCUCGGGGGAGGGCACCAGCUCAGAGGCUCCAGCGUUCCAGCCGAAGACGAAGACGCAGCGGCGCCGCAUGCAGCGCGCGAUCAUGAGGGACGCGGUCCUCGCGGUCUUGACGAGCCAGGGCGCGCCCCAGCUGUCGCAUCCCGCCCCGCAGAUGGGCCUGGGCGCCGGAGGCCCGGGCAUAGUCGACCACAAGAAGGGUGCGCUGGCCUGCGUCCUCUGA